AUGAAAGCCAUCGUUAUGCAGGGCGAGCCUGGAAAGGCAUCGCUCGUAGAUCGGCCAUUCCCCAAACUCCGGCCGGGGUAUGUGCUCGUCGACGUGAAGGCCGUUGCGCUGAACCCCACCGACUGGAAACACAUUGACUUCAUCAACACCAAAGGCAGUCUGUCAGGCUGCGACUUUGCCGGCGUCGUCGCCGAGACCGGCACUGGAUACUCCAAACAGUGGAAGGUGGGCGACCGUAUUGCCGGGUUCGCCAAUGGAGGCAAUAAUCUGCAGCCGGAAGACGGAUCUUUCGCCGAAAGGAUUGCCGUCAAGGCUGAUGUGGCGAUACGUAUUCCGGACAGUCUGUCCUUUGAAGAGGCGGCCACUCUGGGGGUGGGCGUCAUCACCUGUGGGCAAGGCCUGUUCCAGAAAAUGGGUCUGCAGCGGCCGAGUCAACCCACGACCAAGGGAGAGUUCAUCCUCAUCUACGGGGGGAGCUCAGCAACAGGGACUUUGGGGAUUCAGUUCGCAAAGCUCGCCGGGUACACGCCCAUCACCACCUGCUCCUCUCGCAAUUUUGACCUGGUCAAGUCACUGGGCGCAGUCGCCGCCUUUGACUAUAAGGACCCCGAUGUCGCCUCGCAGAUCAAGCAGUUCACCAACAAUGACCUCCACUAUGUCUGGGACACCAUAUCACUUCCGGCGAGUGCCCAGCUCUCCGCCGAGGUCAUCGCGCCGGGAGGCAGAUAUGGCUCCCUCUUGCCCGUCAAGUUCCCGCGGGACGAUGUCAAAGCAACCGACUCCCUGGGGUAUACCGCAAUGGGGGAACCCAUCGAGAGGGCUGGCUAUUCGCUGCCGGCCAGCACCGCUGAUUUCGAAUUCGCCAAGAACUGGGUCACCGAGGUGGAGGCUUUAUUGCAACAGGGUCGGUUGAAGGUCCAUCCGCACAAGGUGGGCAAGGGACUGGAGAACGUGUUUGACGGACUCCAUCUGCUCAGGCACGACAAAGUCAGCGGGCAAAAGCUGGUGUAUGUGUUGUGA